UAUCCUUUUAAAAACUUUUUAACCAAAAAAUUGUAAAAGAGUGUUUAAUGUUAAUUUUCUUUCAUUAAAAUCGGAUUUUUUUAAUACUGUUAAAAAAAAUUGUAAAAGAGUGUUUAAUGUUAAUUUUCCUUUAUUAAAAUCUGAUUUUUUUUUGAAAAAAGUUAUAUAAUUUUCGUUUUUAGUGUAUACCAAAAACGACUUGUACAAAUAAUUUAUUAUUUUAGUGUAUAUAUUUUUAUUUAAUAGAAUUGUUUUCUUAGUUUUAAUGAAAAUAUAAUUAUAAAAUAUUAUAUUGAAAUUGGUUCUUCAAAAUUGAUGAUUAACAUGAUUGUUGCACAUGGUCAUUAUUUUUCUAAAAACAUUUAUGUGUUAAACUAUAUCAUAAUCAAAAAUACAUAUACUAAAAUAAUAAAAAAGGAUUUUUCUUAAAAAUAAGAAAAAAAUUAUAUUAAAUAAUUUGUUUUCAAAUCUAUUUUUUAGGAUUUUGAAAAAAGGAAAUUUUCUAAAACAAUUACUACUAACUAUUUUUUAAAUCUUUUUUACUCUUAAAUAAUUUUUUAAGUAGUUUUUUUCAAAAAUCGUUUUAUUAUCUUAAUAUAUAUAUAUUUUUAGUCAUUGUAUAUUUAAACACAUGUCACAAUAUUAGAAGGAAAAUUAUUAUCAAAUAAUCUUUUGCAAUUAUCUUUUGAGUAAGAUCUUAAACAAAGGAAAAUUACUAUUAAAUAAUAUAUAUAAUAAGAUUUUUAAUAAAUUCGUUUUUGUUAAUAUCUUAGUAUAUUUGUUUUUAAUUAUGAGAUAAAUUAACACAUGUCACAAUCUUAAAUAUAUUAUUGACAUGUGUCGCGAUCAUAUUAAUUAGCAACUUUGAAGAACCAAGCUUUAUAUAAUAAAAUGAUGAAAGAGUAUUUUAAAAAUAUAGAUUUUGAAAAUAAUUUAUAUAAUUAUGACAACUUUUAUAUUAUUAAGAAAACUUUUGUCAUGUUAGGAAAAAAAACACCAAUGUCUUCCUCAUCAAGUGAUGAAGUUGAUGAAGCUUUAGAAGAAAUGGUCGACCAAGUAGUUGAUAAUUUCAUCGACUCAGUGAUUCAUGCUCAUCCCAACAAGCCGACGAGAAGAGCUUAUAUCGAAAGACAUCGGGAACAAGGACACAAUCAACUAUGGAACGAUUAUUUCACGGAAAAUCCUACAUACCCACCGGAAAUGUUUAGGAGGCGUUUUCGAAUGAACAAGCCAUUGUUCCUUCGCAUUGUCGAACGUAUAACUAAUGAAGUUCCAUACUUUCAGCAAAGACGAAAUGCUUGCGGAAGGAACGGGCUAUCUGCACUUCAAAAGUGUACGGCAGCUAUACGUAUGCUGGCAUAUGGUCAAUCGGGAGAUACAUAUGACGAAUAUCUCCGACUUGGUGACAGUACAUCACGUUUAUGUUUAGAAAAUUUCACUAAUGCAAUAAUUUAUUUGUUUGGAGAUGAGUAUCUACGAAGCCCUACACCUGAAGAUCUUCAACGAUUACUCGAUGUCGGAGAGGUACGCGGGUUUCCAGGGAUGAUAGGCAGCAUCGAUUGUAUGCAUUGGGAGUGGAAAAACUGCCCAACAGCUUGGAAAGGUCAGUACACACGUGGUUCAGGCAAGCCGACAAUUGUCUUAGAAGCCGUGGCAUCACAGGAUCUUUGGAUAUGGCACGCAUUUUUCGGAUUACCAGGUACCCUCAACGAUAUCAAUGUUCUUGAUCGGUCACCAGUUUUUGAUGACAUCUUACAAGGUCGAGCACCUAAAGUUAAGUUCAAGGUCAACAACCACACUUAUCGUAUGGCCUACUACCUUACAGACGGAAUUUAUCCGAAAUGGGCAACAUUUAUCCAAUCCAUCCCACUUCCUCAAGGUCCUAAAGCUGAGCUAUUUGCUGAACGUCAAGAAUCCACCAGAAAAGAUGUCGAACGGGCUUUUGGAGUAUUGCAAUCGAGGUUUGCAAUUGUUAAAAACCCAGCUCUACUAUGGGACAAGGAAAAGAUAGGAAAGAUUAUGAGAACUUGUGUCAUAUUGCACAAUAUGAUAGUAGAGAACGAACGACACGAAUACGCUCAAAUUGAUACAUCUGAGUUCGAGUCAGGAGAGACAAGCAGAAGUUCGAGGGUGCAACGGAGAGAAAGUAUUCAUGUCGGUGAUAUGUUAGGCAUUCGCAGAGAAGUUCGAGAUAAAGAGAAGCAUGAUCGUUUGAAAGCUGAUUUAAUGGAAAAUAUAUGGCAAAAGUUUGGUAAUGAAGAUUAAUAAUGUUUUUAUGUUCUUCUAUUUCUCAAUUUAUGUAAUCUACUCUUAUGUAUUGAAUAAAAAGUUUUAAAAUAUUUAUAAUAUAUUUUAAUAUUUUAUUUAUGUAUUCUCAAUAAUUUGAAAUUUUCCUUUUUUUAAUUUAUAUUAUUAUUUUAUUCCUAUGAACUUCUUCUCCGAGUUCACUAAUGCAGAAAACAACAAAUACAGGUUCAUAACUAUUUAUGACCCUACUAAAAAAUAUUAAAAAAAUUGGGUGAACCCCAAUAGGGGGUUCACCAAUGCUCAUGCUCUUAUCUUUUGAAAAUCUCAUCUUCGGGACAGAGCAUGGUGGUUUCCAUGAAUUUUUAUAUAACAUAAAAGCAAAACUUCUUUUUGAUAUUGUUGUUUUGUCUUUAGCUCGGAGUAACUCAUGUGAUUUUUCUUCUAUUCUUUUGUAAUUAAAUUAAGAUUGCUGAUGUGUUGGUGAUUACUUCGCGUAUCAAUCUCACUCUCUGGUUCUAGCAAUCUGCAUAAAGAGAUGUGACAUGUCAAAUAGAACGAGAACAAACGAAACUCAUUUAAGGUUUUAUCCGAAGUUAGCUCAUUUACAUUUAUCCUCUUUCCAAUUCUAGUUGGGUAUUUCAGUUUCGAUUCUAGCUGACCAAUGAGUCAAUGACCAUGCAUGAGGAAAGACUAAAUGUUACAACAACUACCAACAAUUAUGAAAUAAUUUUAUAUUUAUUGAUGAGAUAAAAUAAAUAUAAAAUGUCAUAAUUUAAAAUUUUCUCCAGUUUAGUUUUGAUUAGUAGCUCACCAGCGAGUCAAUGACCAUGAGGAAGGGUCUACAACAACUAGCUAGCAACAACCAUGGAAGAAUUUUUUUCUUUUUUAAAAAUCAUGAAAAAUGAAAAAACUUACAGAUAUAUAUAUCGAGAAUCUACAAGACUCAGUUUCAAAUAUUAAAAGAGCAGAGCAACAAAGCAAGAGAAAAAAAAAACCAUAUAAAUUUUCUUUGAGCAAAAACAGACCCUAAGAAGAUGUCUUCAUCGCAAAACAACUCAACUUCAUCAUCCUCGACUCAGUCUUCCCUCCCCGCAGGCGCCACUACCGGAGAAAACAACGUUAGCCGUGAAGGGACGGCGAUUACGUCGACCCAACAACUAAGGGCGAUCUUGGAGACGGACACAGUCAAAUGUGGAAUGUGCGGGAACUAUUAUACAAGAGAACAGAAACCACAUCCUCACCGGAGGGGACACAAGAACAAUCCAAAGAGACGUAAAUGAGGAGAAGUGGAAAUGGCGAGUAAUGCUACAAGCAUUACGAUGUUCGGUCUUUGUCUGCAAAAGCUAUCUAACUUGCAUGAUACCCUUAUCUUUUCUAACUAAGCUAUGUUGUACCGUCUUUCUUGGUUUCUCUCAAUAAUAUUUGUGUUUCCUUUUUAUAAUUUUCAUUUCUUAUAAUGAUGUUGUUCAUAUUAUUGAUCAAUAUCAAAUGAGAAUACAUAUAA